AUGCGCCAGAAUCUGCUCAGUUUACCGAGAAGGGCGGGCCUCUCCGGUCGUGUCCCCUUGGGUGCCUUCAUCCGCACCGCCAGCACCAAGGCCGAAUCCGGGGCCACGGGAGCUACGUCAUCGACCAACGGAAGCAACGGAGAUGGAAACGGGAAUGGCAACACGCUGGACUCACGAUGGUUCUCUAAUUUUCGGCACAGGGUCAAUAAAUUAGACAAUGCGAAGCUUCCGGCGGACUUGGCUGAGAAGAGGUCGGAUUUGGUUCGCUAUGUGCAGGACCAUUGGGUAGAUCUCCUGGCUGGCAGGGAGGGAUACAUUACGAAGAAGGAGUGGAGAGGGCUGGAUAGCCAUCAAGUUGCGUGGGGUGAAAUGGUGAGACAGCAUGGACACAUAAACAACACCAUGUAUAACCGAUACGCAGAAACGUCGCGGGUGAAUUGGAUCACCCACCAUGGCCGCGAGGUGAGCCUAGAGGAAAAGAUGAAGUGGGAAAAUAUGGUGACGCCCCGUGCCGUCGGCCUCAUCAUGAGGAGCAUCAUGACGCAGUACAAAUUCCCUUUGACCUUCCCCGACCGAGUCAUCGUCCUCCACAGACUCUCUGAGAAACCCACCUCUGCCUCCGACCACAUCAAGCUCGAGGCGUUAAUCCUAUCCGAGACCUACCAGAGGGUGGCGGCGAAGUGUUCUGAAGACAACGUCAUUUACGAUUACCGGUCGGGCAAGAGGACGCAGUUGGAUGCCGAUAUGGCGAAGACUUUUGGGCACACGUAUGAUAUGCAGGAGGAGACGAGGGCCUUCUACGAUGCAGAGAUUGCCAGGUUAUUCAAGGUGUGUGAGGAACUGGAGGGAAAUAUCCAGUCAUAA